CCUCCCAAAUUAUAUUUUGGUUUAAAGAAAAGAAUAGUUCAGAUUUCCGAGAACAACUCAACGACGACGAAAAUGAGCGGCGUUCGCGGUGGGAAGGCUCAGACGUUCACCUGCACGCACGCGGACUGCAGAGCUACUUUUCCAAGGGAGUGGAAACUGAAGGAGCACAAGACCGCGCACACCGGGGCACGCCCGUGUCUGUGCACAGUUGCUGGUUGUGGUCGUAGCUUCAAGAGAAAAUCCCACCUGAGCCGCCACAUGGUUCUGCACAAAGGAGUCGAGCAGUUCAAAUGCCAAACCUCCAGCUGUGUAAAGACUUUCCUCCACGCAGACGGGCUGAAAAGGCACGAGCUCUACGCUCAUGGAGAUGAAAACGGCUUGAAGUGCAAUCAACCCAACUGCUCCUUAACCUUCAAAAAGCGCAGAUUGUUGAAGCUGCACUUACAGGAACACGGCGUGGCUGCAAAGUUCAAAUGUUGUAAGGAUGGAUGUACUGCUACUUUUGAGACUCACAUCGCCCGAAAAGCCCAUGAGAAGAAGCAUGCAGGUUACCGCUGCCGUCAUCCCAACUGCCAGGUGCUUGAACACACCUGGAGCCAGCUUCAGAAGCACAUGGUCAAACACACGGCUACGUUUACGUGCACGGCGUGCAAGAAGGUGUUCCAGAAGGCGGAUGCUCUUCGGCAGCACAAACGGAAACACGCGACCCUGAAGCCCGUGCUGGUGUGUCCCAGAGACGACUGCCAGGCAUAUUUCUCCACAACCUUUAGCCUGGAGCACCACAUCCGCAAAGUGCACCUUCAGCUCCUGAAGUACAAGUGCUCCUUCCCCGACUGCCCACGCAUGUUUGCGAUGCGGGAAAGCAUGAACAGGCACCUUCUUUGCCACGACCCAAGCACCUCAACGCUGCAGAAACGCUGGAAGCCCAGGAAAUCCUGGCAGAAGCGUUUAAACGGAAACAAUCAGCCCCUCGUGGAGGAUAACCUGCGACGCCUCUUCACGCUGCGCAUGUGGAUCUCCAGACGCGCAAAAGUGGAAGCCAACCUGUCGGGCCUCUUCAGCGAGCGGAAGAUCCCGCACUACGUCGACCCAGAAGUGAACCUGCGAGACCUGUUCAAGAUCAAGCAGACUUGUCCUGUAGAGAGCCUAGAGGCUGCGCCAGUGAAGGGUUAACUGGGAACGUCCCAGUACAGCUGGGGAUUUAAAGUAAUUUAUUUUCUGUAAGAAUUGGGUCGUUUUAGUUUGAGUAGUUGACUUUAACACGUGAUGUGAAGACUUUGAUCAUGACGGGAGGUUCUGAAAUGUUUUCAGUGGUUGGAGACCCAAUAAAAUGAGUUCAGUUUUG